GCUGCAGACACUCAAGGAUUGCCAAGCCAUGACUCUAGCCGCUUACAAAGAGAAGAUGAAGGAGCUGCCUCUCGUCUCCCUCUUCUGUUCCUGCUUCCUCUCAGACCCCCUGAACAAACCAGCAUACACGUAUGAAGCAGACACGGUAGACCUCACUUGGUGUGUCAUCUCCGACAUGGAAGUCAUCGAACUCAACAAGCGGACCUCGGGGCAAUCUUUCGAGGUCAUCCUGAAGCCCCCAUCAUUCGAUGGCAUUCCUGAGUUCAAUGCCUCACUGCCCCGGCGGCGCGACCCAUCUCUGGAGGAGAUCCAGAAGAAGCUAGAGGCAGCAGAGGAGAGGAGGAAGUACCAGGAGGCCGAGCUGUUGAAGCACCUGGCAGAGAAGCGGGAACACGAGCGGGAGGUCAUCCAGAAGGCCAUUGAGGAGAACAACAACUUCAUCAAAAUGGCCAAGGAGAAGCUGGCGCAGAAGAUGGAGUCCAACAAAGAGAACCGCGAGGCCCAUUUAGCAGCCAUGCUGGAGCGCUUGCAGGAGAAGGUCUGCUCCCAACCUCCGCACGGAAGGUCCCACCCUCACCACCUCCAGCUCCCUCCAAACCAUUCCUUCUGCACGGAGCUCACCCAGUGCCCUUCUCCAAGCUCCUCAGCCAGCCUUGGGUCAGAGGCAGAGAGCACGAGAUAAUGGCGGACAAUCCGAGCUCGCCCCAUCUCCUCGGGGUUCCCGCUCCAUC